AGUUGAUAGACUGUAAUUAUCCAAACAUAAAAAAAUAUUUCCUAAUUUACCUAAAACAAAAGGUUGUACUUUGGAGUAUUAUAACUUAUAAUUUCAAACAUGUAUCACAAAUAAAAUAAAAUUUAUUAAUUUUGGUACAUAAAAAAAAAAAAAAAAAACUCAAUUAUACGAAAAUAAAUAGAAAUAAUAGAUAAUACCAAAUACGACAACAAAAUGUCUUACCUGGGAUCGUACACUACGGUACCGGCGAGUACAGUGGAAAAGCAAAAUGGCUCUUUAUUUUCAAGAAUUUACCUUUAUUCACACACACACACACACACACACAGAUGUGUGUUUGUGCGUGUAUAUAUACACUACUUUUUGUAUGUAUGUAUGUAUGCAGUGCACACACACAAUCAGGGUUUAUCAAGGGUUUUGGCCUGCAGCAACUUGAAUAGAGAAAUAUUCCAAGAACUGCAGUCGUCUAUAGGAUUUCGAGCGAAAUAUAACUUUACAAACCAUAAAGAAUAUUGUCUUGAAAAUGCAUUAAAGAGAAGGGCAUUUUGUUUUGCUUUUCGAAGAUAUGGGAUAUGGAGAAAUUAAGGAUAUAGAGAUUGCUUCGAUGGACUUAUACACCACGGUAAAAUCAAGAACAUCUAAUGCGAAAAGGCGUAACACCAAAUACGGUUGCAUCGAAUCAGCUGCCCCAAGAUUCUGCAAAUCCAGACGAAAAAACCAAAUCGCACUCCACAUUGCCAAAAAGGAAAAUAUAAAUAAAAGCCGCAGAUUAAUGUGGUUGCUCGAAGCCACAAAAUUCGACCACCACCGAGAAAGCACGAGCGAAACGGGCCCUAGACCCCCCCACCACCACCACGACGAAAAGGGUGUUACAAUCGAAGAUUCUUCUAAUUGGUCGGAUUUAUCAGCCGAAGAGACCGCUCUAGAAAUGCUUAGAUCAAUGAGUAAAGAGCGAUCGGAGAAAUUAGGUUAUCGUGGUUUCAAAUUAGGGGAACUCGUUUGGGGAAGAAUCGGCACGCAUCCAUGGUGGCCUGGCAAAAUACUCGACGAAUCUUUAGCCAAUUUAUUGGUUAUUUUAAAUAAGAAAGAGGGUUGUGUCCUUGUGGCGUUUUUCGGCGACGACAGUUUUGGAUGGCUCGAUCCGAAAGAUAUAGUUCCAUUCGAGCCUCACUUUGAGAAGAAAUCGAAGCAGUCGCAAAUACCAAAGUUCUUGAUCGGCGUGGAAGAGGCUUUAAUCGAGAUCCAGAAAAGAUCGGCUCUUGGAUUGACUUGUACGUGUCAUAGAUCUUCUACCUUUAAGCCGCAUCGAGUUCGAGGGUUUCUUGAUGUUAGUUUGGACGGUUAUACGGGUGAGAGUAUCUAUUCGAUUGAUCAAAUUAAGGAUGCGAGAAAGGGUUUUGAUGGUCGUAAAAUGUUGUCUUUCUUGCAAGAAUUGGCUUUGAGGCCUAAUAGUUAUAUUGGUAACGGUGCUCGAAAGAAUUUUGGUCGGAUGAAGAAUGUGGCUAGCGUUCUUGCUUAUCGUAACGCGGUAUACGAAGGAGUAUCUUGUGAGAAUAUUCUCGCCAAAGAUUUUGGUAAAAAAGCUAUGGAUGAUGACUUACAUGAUGUUUAUAUUUCGUAUGAAGCUCCGAAAUCCGGGACUCGAAACACUAACAAGAGAAAGAGCAUUGUUUCUCGAUACUCCGAGGAGACGACAGAUACGAAAAGAAAAGGGAAAAUGGAGAUCAAAUCCACACAAGAAAACGUAGCAGCUCAAGAAACGCAGCGCUCUUCUAACAAAGGGCAAAAAUCUCCGCUCCAAAACAAUGAUAAUGAAAAGACGACGAUGAUUAUCCAGUUUCCUCCUCAAGGAAGAUUGCCUUCUACUUCGGAGCUUAAAGCCAAAUUCGCUCGUUUCGGACCGUUUUACGAGCCCGGUAUUAAAUUAUUUUGGAAGUCUUCGACUUGUCAAGUUGUGUUUAUGUGCAGAUCGAAAGCAGAGGCGGCUUAUAAUCAUGCGGUUCAAAAUAGUCCCUUGUUUGGCGAGUCGGAGGCCGUUUACUACUUAUUACCCUCGGAAGGUUCGGUUUCUGAGAAGCUUCCGGAAGCUUCUGGUUCUUCAUGCAGAUAGAUUCAAAGAUGGUACAUCAUGCAUAUAUACAUAUACAUAUAUGUAUAUAUAUAUGGGAGAUUUUAUUUGCAACUAUUUAUAGCUUAUAUUAUAGAUGAGAAGUGACAAUGGUGUUGGAAUGGUUAUGGUGCUUUAAUUAUUUAGAACUAUUUAAUUAUUAGACUUUGUUGAUUGGGAAACUUCUAAUUUGUGAGGUUAAUCAUUUGUUAUUUAUAUAUUCAAUUAUUUUGGAUUAAAUUGUUUAUUAUUUAAUUUUUUUUAAU